ACAUCCCGGUUUAUGAAUGUGAAAGAUCCGAUAUGCAAAUACACGUGCCCACUUUCACCUUCAGAGUAACCGUUGGUGACAUAACCUGCACAGAUACCAAGAGAAGCUCAGAAACAUCCUAGGAUCCUCCUAGGGUUCUUCCAAGAAUUAGGGAGAAGCAGGAAAGGUUCUUGGAGCAGCCAUAGCUGGAUCAGUAGGUGAAGGUACAAGUAAGAAGCUGGCGAAACAUAGAGCUGCAGAGGCUGCCAUAAACAUUUUGAAAGCCAAUGCAAGUAUUUGCCUCUGUAAAGCUUGAAAUUCUGGUAGAAAAGAAACUUGAGGAAGUGGCAAUAACCUUUGCAGUUCCUGACCCCUUAAUGCCUGAUCCUUCCAAGCAACCAAAGAACCAGCUUAAUCCUAUUGGCUCAUUACAGGAAUUGGCUAUUCAUCAUGGCUGGAGACUUCCUGAAUAUACCCUUUCCCAGGAGGGAGGACCCGCUCAUAAGAGAGAAUAUACCACAAUCUGCAAGCUAGAGUCAUUUAUGGAAACUGGAAAAGGGGCAUCAAAAAAACAAGCCAAGAGAAAUGCUGCGGAGAAAUUUCUUGCCAAAUUCAGUAACAUUUCUCCAGAGAACCACAUUUCUUUAACAAACGUAGUAGGACAUUCCUUAGGAUGUACUUGGCAUUCCUUGAGGAAUUCUCCUGGUGAAAAGAUCAACUUACUGAAAAGAAGCCUCCUCAGUAUUCCCAAUACGAAUUACAUCCAGCUGCUCAGUGAAAUCGCCAAGGAACAGGGUUUUAAUAUAACAUAUUUGGAUAUAGAAGAAUUGAGUGCCAACGGACAGUAUCAGUGCCUCGCGGAACUGUCCACCAGCCCUAUCACAGUCUGCCACGGCUCUGGGAUCUCCUGCAGCAAUGCACAGAGUGAUGCCGCCCACAAUGCUUUGCAGUACUUAAAGAUAAUAGCAGAAAGAAAGUAAAUGUGGGACAACCUAGAAAACCCUGCAGCAGCACAUAACACGCCCCUCUCUCACCCCUUCCCAAGUAACACAUUUACUGUAAUGUUUGAGUUUAUGUGUUGUUUCUAAAUCCCUUUCAUAGACUCCAUCAACACUACAGAUUUCAUUAUCUCCUAGUUGUUAUUAAACUCUUUUUAAUGGCUUCAACUUUGUAUUGGUAUACUGUAUUUAUAAACUUUGUACCACAAGCAGAGUGUAGCACCCAUUUGGCAAUGCCAUGUACAUAGGAGGAAGAAACUGCAUGUGUAUUGAUGAUGAUGAAGAUGAUGAAAUAAAACUGCUAACAACAGUCUUU